AUGCCUAGAGACGAUUUGUCCAUUGACUUCGUCAAGAGGAUGCCGCAGGCCGAGCCUCUAGACCCCGGCUUGAUCCUCGAUGACUGGUUCAACCGCGUCCAGAAUCUCCCCGAGGAGAUUCGCUUUAUCCAUGAAGAGAUUACAGACAAGGACCGCCAGUACAAUGAGUGUAUUCGAAUGAUUGAGGAUCGUGAUGGAAAGAUCCAAAAGUGGAUCAAGACGAAUGGGAGCCAUGAGCCCAACCCAAAGGAGGAUAUGCUACGGGCCCAAAUUCGCGAAAACUAUGCUCGCGCUGACCAGUUUGCUCAAGACAAGAUCAACUUGAUGGAAAGGCUACUGGUCGUUAUGGACAAACAUACGCGGAAUCUGGAUGUCCAGAUGAAGCUGCUCUACGAUCGUGCCGAGCCUGGGUUUACAGACCCUGACGAGGUUCCUUCACUCCUCCGUCCCAGUGCGACUAAUCACAGCGCUCCCUCGGCUCGGACCCUGAACAUCUCCAACAACAUCAACUCAGCUGGUCCUCUGGCUUCACCUCGCAACCCGAUUGCCAGCUCUGCCAAUCCAGCCAUGGUUCGGCUACCCAACCACCCUCAGAUUAGGCAUCCUCAGGCCCAGCAGCAUGUCGCGCAAUACCAUCAGCAUCCAUCCUCCGCACCAGCUACGCCAGCUGCAAGCAUCAUACUAAAUAGACAGCGUGAGAGCUCGGCGGGCCCGGCCACAAAGAGAGGGCCACGGUCCAUUACAGGGCCCGGAAAUCUGCCGACAACCUCAAGCGGAUUAGCUAGACAUUCAUCCCUUGGUCCUGGUAUACCAAAGAGCGGCUCUGGGGCCAAUUUAGGAGCUAGCGGUGCUGUCCGGGCAGGUAGUGCUGGACCGAGAGCAGGAUCGGUAAAAGGGGUUGUCGGAGUAGCGGGUCGCAGAGGCACUCCGACAAUAAGUGGUCGGAAGAAGCCGCCCAACAGGUCGUCACUUUCACGGGUGAAGAAGGCCUCAAACAGAAAUUCGCCGGCAUCGACGGCGGAUAGUGAUUUGUCGGACGCUGGAAGCGGCAGCGGUGAAGAGGAUGAUGGUAUGGAAUCACGACCGAGGGCCACCAUGGAUGGCAAAGAUGGGGAUGAAGCGCUCGGAGACGCUGACGAUGACGAAGACGGUGGUGAUGACAAACGAUACUGCCUGUGCCAUAACGUGAGCUAUGGCGACAUGGUGGCUUGCGACAACGACAAUUGCCCCUAUGAGUGGUUUCAUUGGUCGUGUGUUGGGCUUAAGAGCGAACCCAAUGGCACCUGGUACUGUCCCGAGUGUACCGAGAAGUUUCAACGAAAGGGGAAAUAG